AUGAACACGAGAGAGAACCUAAUGUGGAGACAAAUGAAGGGUUUUUAUAGGACCCGUGGUUGGAAGGGAGAGGAGUCAGUUUGUGAUAGUCUGAGCUGCUUCAAGUCUAAGAGAAGUUGUAGAGGCAUGAUUGAUGGUGAAGAUCUGUGUGUUCCGUUACCGUAUUAG